GUCACAAGGCGUUCCCGCCCGGGACUGAGCCGGGGAGCGCAUCCCGGCUACUGCGGGUCCUGGGUCUUCACCUGCGGAGCCAUACGGCAGCCGAGCGGUGGGAGGGACCUGAGCCGCGGCGCUAGGAUGGGAAACAGUGCGCUCCGCGCUCAUGUGGAAACGGCGCAGAAAACUGGUGUCUUUCAGCUUCAGGACCGAGGGCUGACCGAGUUCCCCGCAGACUUGCAGAAGCUGACGAGCAAUCUCAGGACCAUCGACUUGUCCAACAACAAGAUCGAAAGCCUACCGCCUUUGCUGAUAGGAAAGUUCACUCUGCUGAAGAGCCUUUCCCUGAACAACAACAAACUGACUGUUCUGCCUGAUGAGAUAUGCAAUCUGAAAAAACUAGAGACGCUAAGCCUAAACAACAAUCACCUUAGAGAGCUGCCAUCUACCUUUGGGCAACUCUCUGCCCUCAAGACCCUGAGCCUCUCUGGGAACCAACUAGGAGCAUUACCUCCCCAACUUUGUAGCCUACGGCACCUGGAUGUGAUGGAUCUUUCUAAGAACCAGAUUCGAAGUAUACCUGACACAGUGGGAGAGCUGCAAGUCAUCGAACUCAACCUCAACCAGAAUCAGAUAUCUCAGAUCUCAGUGAAGAUAUCUUGCUGUCCUCGCCUUAAAAUUCUUCGCCUGGAAGAGAAUUGUCUUGAGCUCAGCAUGCUUCCCCAGAGUAUCCUCAGUGAUUCCCAGAUCUGUCUGCUUGCUGUGGAAGGCAAUCUUUUUGAAAUAAAGAAACUUCGAGAACUGGAAGGCUAUGAUAAGUACAUGGAGAGGUUCACAGCCACCAAGAAGAAGUUUGCGUGAAGUUCUCCAGGACUGUGGAAACCUUACAGGAUACUGACUUAGAACAUCUGUUGGAAUGUGGCUGAGUCAAAGCCUCCUGUUCUUGUUAGGGGUAUCUACAGUAAGGAGAUGAUACUCCAGGAGAUUAUAUUUCACUCAAUGAUCUUUUUUCAUUUCAGGGCUCUUCUCAAAUAAGCUAAAAGAAAAAGGAUCAGGAGACAGGAAAAGUCUUCCGUUUUGAGUCACGAGUAGGGCAACAGACAAGGUUGAUCUUCAAAACCAUCAUUAGUUUGGCUUUAAGAAACCAGUAGCUAGCUGCUAUUUAUAUGGUGAGGGGGUGCUGCCUGGUAGCAGAAUAGCUGCACACCACAGCUUGAGAUUUUGUUUAGUUUCAAUGUGUGAGCUUUCAUAAAGUCAGUUGCCAUUCCAUCUCUGUGUUAACACUUCAUAUUUUUAUGAAAUUCAGAUAAUUUGUGAGAGGCUGGCAUGGAUCUAAGAAUUUAUUAUUUUUAUUCUAGUCCAUCAGUUCAGUCGCAGUUUUUAUACUAGGACUUUAGGAUGUACAUAAAUGUGUGACUGUUUGUCUUGAUUAAAAGUGCACUUCGUGCCGGGCAUGGUGGCUCAUGACUAUAAUCCCAGCACUUUGGGAGGCCAAGGCGGGUGGCUCACUUGAGGCCAGGAGUUCAAGACUAGUGUGGCCAACAUGAGGAAACCCUGUCUCUACUAAAAAUACAAAAAUUAGGUGGGUGUGGUGGUGCAUGCUUGUAAUCCCAGCUACUUGGGAGGCUGAGGCAGGAGAAUCGCUUGAACCCAGGAGGCGGAGGUUGCAGUGAGCCGAGAUUAUGCCACUGUACUCCAGCAUGGGUGACAGAGUGAGACUCUGUCUCAAAUUUAAAAAAUAAAAAAUUAAUUUUUUUUUUAAAGUACGCUUUGUUGGCUGGGCGCGGCGGCUCACGCCUGUAAUCCCAGCACAUUGGGAGGCCGAGGCAGGCGGAUCACGAGGUUAGGGGUUCGAGACCAGCCUGGCCAACAUGGUGAAACCCUGUAUCUACUGAAAAUACAAAAAUUAACUGGGCGUGGUGGUGGGUACCUGUAAUCCCAGCUACUCGGGAGGCUGAGGCGGGAGAAUUGCUUGAACUUAGGAGGCAGUGGUUGCAGUGAGCCGAGAUCCUGCCAUUGCACUCCAACUCUGGGCAACAGAGCAAGACUCUGUCUCGGGGGAAACAAAAAAAAAGUGUGCUUUGUCAAGAGAAGCACCAACAGACCUCUAAGAAAUGCUCUCUAAGGCUGCGGUAGCAAAUUAUUUACUAUUGCAGGUGCCUUAUUGGUAGAGGGCUCUGAAGAGCUAAAACUGUAUAUGCAACACUUUUAAGAUAAAAGGGACUUUAAUAAUCAAGAUUUUCUUGAAGAUUUGUUAGAAAUAAUGUCUUAUUUCUGGUGACUUUUCCCUUUUUGUAUUUAUAACUCUACUAACCAAAUUACCUAUCAAUAAACCAUUACUAUAAUAUUUUAAAACAACCUAUGUUUAUCAAGCUUACUGUCUGAGUGAGAGAAUAUACUAAAGAAUUUUUUAAUGAACUUUGGCUGGAAGCAAGGUUAAUCCUUUAAAGGAGGAGGACAGGAGAACUUUAACCUAUAAAUAGAUUAGGAAGACAUGUUUCAUGCUCAUGUUCAGAUUGCAUGAGUAGUGAAAUGCCUUCAUGUGACAUAAACAUUUUGUGAUACUAGAACUAUGCUUAUUAAGAGAAUCUGAGGUUGGGCACCGUGGCUCACGCCUGUAAUGCCAGCACUUUGGGAGGUUGAGGUGGGUGGAUCACGAGGUCAGGAGUUCAAGACCAGCCUGACCAAUGUGGUGAUACCCCAUCUCUACUAAAAAUACAAAAAUUAGCUGGGUGUGGUGGCACGUGCCUGUAAUCCCAGCUACUCAGGAGGCUGAGGCAGGAAACCGGGAGGCGGAGCUUGCAGUGAGCAGAGACUGUGCCAUUGAACUCCAGCCUGGGUGACAGAGCGAGACUCCGUCUCAAAAAAAAAAAAAAAAAAAGGCCGGGCGCGGUGGCUCACGCCUGUAAUCCCAGCACUUUGGGAGGCCGAGAUGGUCAGAUCACGAGGUCAGGAGAGCGAGACCAUCCUGGCUAACACGGUGAAACCCUGUCACUACUAAAAAUAAAAAAAAUUAGCUGGGCGUAGUGGCGGGCACCUGUAGUCUCAGCUACAUGGGAGGCUGAGGCAGGAGAAUGGUGUGAACCCAGGAGGCGGAGCUUGCAAUGAGCAGAGAUCGCACCACUGCACUCCAGCCUGGGUGGCAGAGCGAGACUCCGACUCAAAAAAAAAAAAAAGAAUCUGAAAGUACAAAGGUAGAGGAUUUCAGAUUAUCACUAACAUGAACAUUUAGAAAGCUACCAUUUUGGUCAUUUUCUGAUUUUAUCUUAGUCACAAAGCUAUUACUAACUAUAUAUCAACAGUUCUCAAUAAUGGUUAAACCUAGCUUAUCCAUUAAGUCAAGGGAUCACACAAACCUACUAUUUAACCUCUACGACAAAAUCUUUCUGACUUAAAUCUGGUCUAGGUGUUCUCUUUUUCCCAUAUGUUACUUUCUUUUUUGAGACAGAAUUUCAUUCCAGGCUGGCACAGUGGCACUAUCUUGGCUCACUGCAACCUCCACCUCCCAGGUUCAACUGAUUCUCGUGCCUCAUUCUCCUGAGUAAUUGGGAUUACAGGCAUGCACCACUACACCCAGCUCAUUUUUGUAUUUUUAGUAGAGACAGAGUUUCACCGUGUUGGCCAGACUGGUCUUGAACUCCUGGCCUCAGGUGAUCCACCCACCUCGGCCUCCCAAAAUGCUGGGAUUACAGGUGAGAGCCAACACGCCCAGCCUCCCGUAUGUCAUUUUCUAUUUCUCACUUUGAAAGGGGUACUAAUUUAUCCAUAUCAGUUGAGUAGUUUUUUCUUUUUUUUUUUUUUUGAGACGGAGUCUCACUCUGUCCCCCAGGCUGGAGUGCAGUGGUGCAAUCUCGGCUCACUGCAAGCUCCGCCUCCCGGGUUCACGCCAUUCUCCUGCCUCAGCCUCUCCGAGUAGCUGGGUCUACAGGCGCCCACCACCACGCCCGGCUAAUUUUUUGUAUUUUUAGUAGAGAUGGGGUUUCACCGUGGUCUCGAUCUCCUGACCUCGUGAUCCGCCCGCCUCGGCCUCCCAAAGUGCUGGGAUUACAAGCAUGAGCCACCGCACCAGGCCUGAGUAGUUUUGUUUUUUCUAAAUUUUAAUGUUUCGUUUAUUAAUCUUAUUGAUCUACUGAACAGUUAACAUUUCUGUGUUUUAUCAGUACUUCUCAUCUAAUAAAUCAGAACUUACACAUUUUUUUUUUUGAGAUGGAGUCCCACUCCGUCACCCAGGCUGGAGUGCAGUGGUGCGAUCUUGGCUCAUUGCAACCUCUGCCUCCAAGGUUCAAGCAAGUUCUCCUGCCUCAGCCUCCUGAGUAGCUGGUACUACAGGCGCACGCCACCAUGCCCUGCUAAUUUUUUGUAUUUUUAGUAGAGAUGGGGUUUCACCAUGUUGGCCGGGCUAGUCUUGAACUCCUGACCUCAGGUGAUCCACCCGCCUUGGUCUCCCAAAGGGCUGGGAUUACAGGCGUGAGCCACCACGCCUGGCCAGAACUUAUACCUUUAACAAUUUAAAUGUUCCCAUUUAAUUAUUAAUUUGAGUUUAAUCCACACUCUUAUCAGAAUCCACAACUACCACCCUUCACAACUUGGGCCUAGACUUAUUGCCCUUUCUUCACUCUCAUUUGCCUGCCCACACAUAUCAGAUUAUUCUGUCUAAACCCACAGUGCAGUCUCCUUUGACUCCCUUUAUGCAGCUUGUCCCUCAGUGUCCAUGGAGGAUUGGUUUCAAUACCUCCAUGGAUACCAAGUCCAUGAUGCUUAAGUCCCUUAUACAAAAUGACAUAGUAUCUUCCUGAUACUUUAAAUUGUCUCUAGAUUACUUAUAAUACCUAAUAUGCCUACACAUAACUUCAUUUUCAUAGAUUCAACAUAGUAUUUGAUGCAUGCUAAAUUAAGGUUUUGUUUUUUGGAAUUUUGAGGCAUUUUCCCCUUCAAAUAUUUCUGAUCUGCAGUUGAAUCCACAGAUGUGGAACCUAUGGAUACUUAGGGCCAACUGUAUUGUUCACUCAGUUGGGAAUGCCCUUUUUUUUUUUGUCCAGAGGCUCACUCUGUUGCCCACGCUGGAGUACAAUGGCGCGAUCUUGGUUCACUGCAACCUCCGCCUCCCGGGUUCAAGUGAUUCUCCUGCCUCAGCCUCCUGAGUAGCUGGGAUUACAGGCAGGCGCCACCACACCUGGCUAAUUUUUGUAUUUUUAGUAGAGACGGGGUUUCACCAUGUUGGUCAGGCUGGUCUCAAACUCCUGACCUCAGUUGAUCCACCUGCCUUGGCCUCGCAAAAUGCUGGGAUUACAGGUGUGAGCUAACGCACCCAGCCUGCCCUCUCUUAACUAAUAUGCUCAUUCUCUAUGUCUAAGCCUCUUUCCUGCGUCUAAGCCGAAUUAACUGCUCACCCAUCUGUUACUAUAGCACUUCUCACAUUCUAUAUUUAUCUUUCAUGGUAGACUAACUCUUUGAGGGCAAGGGCUAUAUACAAAAAUAUGCCCAAAGUUACAGCAAACAAGAUUUAGAUUUAAAUAUGAGCUAAUCAGGUAGACCGGCUUGUGGUCUAAAGACCCAGAUUUGAAUUUGGCCACUAGUCCAGUCACCUAAUUUUUUUUUUUCUUUUUUUGUGACAGAUCUUGCUGUGUUGCCUGGGCUAGUCUUAAACUGGACUCAAGUGAUCCUCCCAUCUUGUCCUCCCAAAGUAUUGAGAUUACAGGCGUGAGCCACUGCCUGGCUUUUAAGUCACUUUUUUUUUUUUUUGAGACAGAGGCUGUGUCGCUCAGGUUGGAAUGCAGUGGCACAAUCUUGGCUCACUGCAACCUCCACCUCCUGAGUUCUAGCAGUUCUCGUGCCUCAGCCUCCCGAGUAGCUGGGAUUACAGGCACCCACCACCACGCCCAGCUAAUUUUUGUAUUUUUAGUAAAGAUAGGGUUUCUCUAUGUUAGCCAGGCUUAUCUCAGACUCCUGGCCUCAGGUGAUCCCCCUGCCUCGGCUUCCCAUAGUGCUGGGAUUACAGGUGUUAGCCACCACGCCCAGCCUAUAUAUAUUUUUUGAGACAGGGUCUUCCUUUAUUGCCCAGGCUGAAGUGCAGUGGCAUGAUCACAACUCACAGACGCCUUGAUCUCCUGGGCUCAAGCUAUCUCCUCCCACCUCAGCGUCUAGAGUAGCUGGAGCUACAGGUUAUCUGCCACCACACUCAGCUAAUUUUUAAUUUUUGAGAAAGACGGGGUCUUCCUGUGUUCCCCAGGCUGGCCCCAAACUCCUGGGCUCAAGCAAUCCUGCCUUACCUCCCAAACUGCUGGGAUUACAGGUGUGAGCCACCACAUCUGGCCCAAGUCACCUGAAUUUUUUACAGCUUGGUUUGGAAGGCAAUGUAGUAUAUUAAAAUCAUGAGCCCUGGAGUCAGAAAGAUCCAGGUUUGAAUACAGAGUCUGUCAUUUAUUAGCUUUAUGAAUUUGAGCAAUUUCAUCUCACUUGUAAAUAUAGGGAAAAGCUCCUACCUCUCAGGUAUGUUGCAAAAAAUUAUAUAAAAGCACUUAGCAUAGUGGCCAUGACAGAGUAAGCACUCAGUAAAUCAUGCCAUUUAUCUCAUCUAUAAGGCAUGAAAGUAGAAUUUUACAAGUUGUACAGAAAUAGAAGGCUUGGAGUGGACACUACAUUAAAAGGAUAAAAAAAUGGAGCCAGGCAGAGGCAGGCAUCUAUAGUCCUAGCUAUUCAGGAGGCCUGAGGCUGGAGGAUCCCUUGAACCUAGGAGUUUGAGGCCAGCCUGGGCAACAAUGUGAGAUUGUGGCUCCAAAAAAACAAUAAAAAAUAGGCUGCUCUGCCUAUGGAGUAGCCAUUCUUUUAUUCCUUUACUUUUUUAAUAAACUUGCUUUUACUUUAUGGAAAAAAUAAAUUUUUAAAUGACUAGAUGAGAAACUUGAAUAUCAAUCUGAGAAAUAAAAUCUGAUUAGGAAUGUAACUGGGAUAACCUAAAGUUUUGGUAAGAGUGACCUAAAGAAAACAGCACUUAGAUAAGCUACUUUGUUUUCCUUUUUCACUUUACUAUUUUUUUGAUAUAUAUUUGUUCACAUUUGUGGGGUACUUGUGAUAUUCUGAGACAUGCAUAGAAUGUAUAAUGAUCAAGUCAGGAUAUGUUAUUCAUUAUCUCAAACAUUUAUCAUUUGUUUGUGUUGGGAACAUUUCAAAUCUAGCCAUUUUGAAAUUUACAUUAAGUAUAGUCACGCUACUAUGCUAUCAAGCAUUAAAACUUAUUCCUUCUAUCUAACUGUAUGUUUGUAUCUACCCAUUAACCUACCUUCCUUCAUCGUCCCACCCUGUACACCCCCUACCCAGCCUCUGGUAACUAUCAUUCUACUCUCUACCUCCAUGAAAUAAAUUUUUUAGCUCACAUGAGUAAGAACAUUCAA